AUGAUUGCUCGGACUUGCCGAUGCCUACUAGCCAUGGUGCUGGUGACCGCACUCCUGUGCGAACCAACUAAGGCGGUGUAUGAAGUCCAUCAGCCUCUGAAGAUACCAUUUAAGGCGUCCGUACGCCCGGAAACUCGCUACGACGCCGAGCAACUGGGCCGGGACGUAGCCCGUCGCGUCAAUGAGACAGCGAAUCAGCUUGACGUUGAUAAAAAAGGACAAUCGAUCUCUUUAGACCCGGAACUGAUGAUGAAUUUCUGGGCCGGCUACCUCAGCAAUGAUCCGGCGCCCCGGUUCGCGGAGUUGUUGGAAGAAGCACGACGGAUUAAGGGCAUCGAGGAGCAGAUCCGCUUCAAUGCCGAAAACGGGUUCUUCGCCCGGAUCGGGAAUCAGAUCCGGAGACAAUGGAGGAAACUCACU